AUGCAUCCUGUCGCGGAAGCCGAGCUACGAGGCAAAAACGCCGACGGUAUUCCGUUUCGCGCGAAACCACACCACGUACAUCGCACAUGGGCGAGGACGUUCUCGUCGAUACCCGAGCUCUACAUUCAACCAGAAACUCUUGCCGAAGUCGAAAAAGUGGUGUCGCUGGCGCAACAAUGUCGUCGGCGCAUCGUGACUACCGGCUGUGGCCACUCGCCCUCCAACAUCACCUGCACAUCUAGCUGGAUGGUAAACCUCGAUCGAUUCAACAAGAUCCUCUCGGUCGAUUCGGAAACCGGUACUGUGUCCGUGGAAAGUGGCAUACGACUCUACACUCUUUGUGAAGAGCUUGAGCGACAUGGCUUGGCAAUGCCAAAUUUGGGGAGCAUAAAUCAGCAAUCCAUUGCAGGUGCAAUUUCUACCGGAACCCACGGUAGCAGUGUGCAUCACGGUCUUAUGUCCGAAGAUAUAAUCUCCCUCAAGAUCACAUUGGCCAAUGGUACGACGGAGUUUUGCUCCUCCGACUCUAACCCAGACCUCUUCCGAGCUGCGCUCCUCUCGCUAGGCGCAUUAGGCAUUAUCACGGAAGUUACUAUUCGAGCCGUCCCUGCUUUCACGCUUAAGUGGAAGCAGACUAUUGAUACCGACUAUAAGCUAUUUAAGUCAUGGCCGCAUGAUUUGUGGGCACAGAGUGACUUUGUGAGGGUGUGGUGGUUCCCAUACACCAGACGGGCUGUUGUCUGGCAAGGAGACAAGACAACGGAGCCAGAACAAGAUCCCCCAGUGAGCUACUAUGACGGAGCUCUGGGUUACUACGUUUACCACAACCUGUUGUACGCUGCGCAGUUUGUGCCUAGAAUUCUGCCUUGGAUUGAGUGGUUUGUAUUCGGUAUGCAAUACGGAUUUGCUAAUGGCUCGACAACCACUGCCAUCCAACCUAGUCGCAAGGCCUUAUUGAUGAACUGCCUCUACUCGCAGUUUGUGAACGAAUGGGCUAUUCCUCUUCACAAAGGGCCCGAGGCUCUCAGAAGACUUAGCUCGUGGUUGAACCACCUAACGCCAGACGACCCUGACUAUGUUCCACACAAUAUCCCCUUCUCAGCCAAAGGACUGUACGUCCACGCACCAGUUGAGGUGCGAGUAAGUGAUACCUCCCUCACUUCGAAUGUUCGACCCUACUUGGAUCCCACCGUGGAAGAUGGCCCAACGUUAUACCUCAAUGCGACACUGUAUCGUCCAUACUGGCGAGAUCCGCCGUGCCGCGACCGCUACUACGAGGCGUUUGAGUGGUUAAUGAGGGACAUGGGAGGUCGUCCGCACUGGGCGAAGAACUUUGAGACUUAUAGACCUGACAUUGAAGGAAUGUAUGGGGAGAAACUGGAAACCUUUAGACGGAUACGCGACCAAGUUGAUCCAGAGGGCAUGUUUGUUGGCCCGUGGCACCGGGACCGAAUUAUGGCGGACCUUCCGGGCUCAAAACUUGAGCUUGAAGAGGUUGAAAUUUCGAGAAAGAAGACUGCCGGUGGUGGAUUAAUGAUGUCUGGUCUUGUUUAA